AUGGGUCGCCGCCGCCUGCCGGUCUGGCUGUGCGCCGUCGCGGCGCUGCUGUCGGGGGCGCAGGGCAAGGGCACGCCGCUCGUCGCUCGGGCUGUUCCUCCCGGCGCCUCUCGCUACAGCCUCUACACGACGGGAUGGCGCCCCCGGCUGCGCCCGGGGCCGCACAAGGCCCUCUGUGCCUAUGUUGUGCACAGGAACGUGACCUGCGUCCUACAGGAGGGAGCAGAGAGCUACAUAAAGGCUGAGUUCCGGCAGUGUGGAUGGGGGCUCAAGUGCUCCGGGACAGUCACGUACCGAACAGUGCUCAGACCCAAAUACAAGGUUGGCUACAAGACAGUGACAGAACUCACUUGGCGUUGCUGCCCUGGCCUCACUGGAGAAAGCUGCCCCGAGCACCUCACAGAUCAUGGAGCCAUCCCACCACAGCUGAAUCCUGAACCUCAGACUCCCUCGGGGCAGGUGGGCUCAGGUCCCAGGCCUCCUCCUUAUAGUCAAGCGGCCCCCAGUCUCCAUGGAAGGAAAGGCCUAGGGCUGUUUGGUGAGCGCCUAGAACGCCUGGAGGGUGAUGUUCAGCGCCUGGCACAAGCAUAUAGUACCCUCAGUGGCCUAGUAGCCAGCCAAGAGGACCUGAACAAGAUAACUGCACUCCCCAGGGUUCCUACUGCCCCUGUGGGCUUUGGGGUCAUCCCUGAGGGGCAUGUGGAUCCUGGAGGCACAGCAGGACGACCACUCACACCUCCCCUUGGUGAGAUUCUGAGUAAGGUAACAGAAGUGAGCAACACACUGCAGACCAAGGUGCGGCUGCUGGACGAAGUGCAUGGACUUGCCCUCGGCCAUGAAGCUCACCUGCAGCAGCUGCGGGAAGCCCCGCCAUCCCCAUUGACCUCCCUGGCACUGCUAGAGGAAUAUGUAGACCAACGGCUGCAGCACCUCUGGGGAAGCCUCCUGGAUGGCUUUGAACAGAAACUGCAAGGAAUCCAGAGUGAGUGUGACUUGCAGGUGCAGGAGGUACGGCAACAGUGUGAGGAGGGACAGGCAGCCAGCCAGAGGCUACACCAGAGCCUUGAUGGCCGGGAGCUGGCCCUGCGACAGGAGCUCUUGCAGCUGGGCACUCAGCUGCAAGGCUUGAGUGUGGCUGGUGUGGGCAGUUGCUGUAGCCAGCUGGCCUUGGUCAGUGCCCGUGUGGAUGGCCUUGAGAAGAACCUGCGGGCUGUUGUGGAGGCCCACAAGGGCCCCAGCACCCCAGCCAGGGAUGAGCUUGAGCACCUCUCUGCUGCCAUACUUGACGGAGGUGUGGAUGGGCUGCUUGAGGGUCUGGAGACCCUCAAUGGGACAGAGAAUGGAGCAAGGAGCUGCUGUGUGAAGAUGGAGGUGGGCGGCUGGGGUGUGGGUGGCUUCAGGGCCAUGCUGGAAGAGCGUGUACAGAACCUAGAGGAGCGCCUGGCAACAUUAAUUCAAGAGCUAAACCAUGAUAGCAUCCCACUGGGCAGAUCCGUGCGGCCCCUCGUGCCAACAGAGCUGGCUGUGCUGGAACAAAGACUGGUCUCCUUGGAGACCUCAUGCACCCCUAGUACCACUUCAGCCACCCUGGACAACCUUGUGUCAGAGGUGAAGGCCUGGCAGAGCCGAAGCGAGGCCCUCCUCCACCAGGUAGCCAGCCACACAGCUCUGCUACAGCAGCUCAAUGGCACUGUGGCUGAAGUCCAGGGGCAGCUGGCAGAAGGGACCAGCAGCUCACUCCAAGGUGAAAUCACUCUACUGAAGGUCAACCUGAACUCAGUGAGCAAGUCACUCACAGGCCUCAGUGACUCGGUCAGCCAGUACUCGGAUGCCUUCUUGGCUGCCAACACAUCUCUGGAUGAGCGGGAACGCAAGGUGGAAGCUGAAGUCCACACCAUCCAGAAGCAGGUCAGCAGCCAAGGCUCCAGGCUCCAGGCUGGCCACAGGCAGGUCCUGAACCUGCGGGGGGAGCUGGCUCAUCUCAAGGCUGGCAUGGCCAAUGUGGCCAGGGGACUGAGCCGCUGCCAGGACACAGCCCAAGAACUCCAGCGUGCUGUGCGCCACUUCGACCAGCGGGUGGCGCGAGUGGAGGGCAUAUGCAGGAGGCUUGGCCUGCUGGCUGCCAGCCUGGACAGUUUGCCCACCAAACCGCUUAGGUUCCGGGAGGGCCUGUGGGGCCACAUGGACCAGCUGAAUCGCACACUAGCCCAGCACACAGAGGACAUUGCCCGCCUCCGAGAUGACCUGCUGGACUGCCGGGCCCAGUUGACUGAGCAGGCAAGGCUAAGGCAAGCCAACUAAGCAGGCUGGAGAGAAUCCAAGCGCCAGAUCACCUCAAAAUCAUCCCAGGGCCCAGUCUUACCCAGCCUCCCUGGACUGGCCCAGUUGCCACUUCAGAGGCUACAGGACCAAUAAUCUUAGUCCAGCUUCCUGUGACUGUCCUGGUCAUCAGUGCUGCACAAACUAGAUAAUUCAGGAUAGUGAUCAAGGCAAGGCUGUCAGGCGUGAAGGCCAGGCUGGACUUCAGAGGACACACAUUCCAUGGUCUGCAACUUGCUUUUUUAGACAUCAGAGUUAGCAACUGUGCAAAUUCUCCAUGCUCGUUGUCAGACGGGCCUGUCCACAGCUCCCUUUGCAUUACAAAGGGUAGUGUCAGCCCUUGGAGAUUUCUGUUCCCUUGUCCUUUGGCUUCUACCCAUAGCCAUCUGGAUGAGGAUUCUGCAGGACAAUGAUCCCCACUGCUCUCUCCUCACACCUGGCAGCUUCAUGGAUGCUGUUUCUGAACCAAGGACCAGAAGCCACUAGAGGUUUCCAACUCCCCACACAUCCUUCAGAACUGAAUGGAAGCAGAGACCCAACUGAGAGUUUGCUUUAUCUUUCUGCUCCUCCCUUAAGGUGAGGGCUCAGGCAGCUGUAGACUCACAGCAAAGAGAUCCACACAAUCUGUUUGCAGAGCCCAGGUUUUUUCUUUUCCUUCCCCAAAGACAUUUUCAGGGCACUUCUUUCUCUUCUUUUCAGUUGGGGAAAAAAAUCAACUGUUCCCCAGGUUGUGGUCUUAGUAUAUAGUGAGGCCUAAAAGCCAGACCCUGAGAAAGCCAUAGCUGGAGGAAAAGGGGUUUAGGUCUUGCUUUUAAUACCCUUACAAAACCCCAAUCCUGCCAAGAUGAUCACAAAGUGGUAAGAAAUUCAGGUAUGAAGCCACCAAGGCACAACUGGAAAUGCAGGGUUUCUCCGGCCCGCGCAGCUCCCCCUAUGCCGAGGCUGUCGGCCUUGGUUCCCCUCAGUAGCGUGGGCCUCCUGAGCCGUUGGCAGGACCCCGCAUCCCUGCCUUCUGGUUUCUGAACAUUCCGUGCUGUGCCCUCCUCUGGCACUGUGGGCAGAGGGCAGGUUCUGGAUUAAAGCUUUCAGCCAGUCUACAGGUGCUUUUCUUCAUCAAAGGCAGUGUGAGGGAAGGCUGCUGGGGCUGUCGCCCUGUGCCUCAGGUGAGAGCUCACUCGGCAGCUGCACACUGCACUAACUCUCAGAGGUAGUCAGCAAACCUGCCCUGCCAUGGUCAGGUUUGAGUCCUCAAGCAACAUGCUGAGGGGACCAAGGGCAGUGGCCAGGCAGCGAUGUGGGACCCAAGUCCCCUUUUCCUCAUGUCAGAGGGGUCCAGGAGCACCCAGAGUUUGGGGCUGAUAUCCAGGCACCAGUGAGGGGAAGCAAGGAUGACUGGUGGCUCAGAACUGGGGGCAGGGGCACGGAGGAGUUGCUUUUCAGGGUACAACCUAGGGUUCCAGAAGCGUGGGCUCAAGCACUGUUCUUUUCCCAUGACUCAGCCUCUGCUGUUGACCCCCUCUUCCCUGUGCAUAUAGGCCUCAAGUCUCAGCAGGGCCCUCUUAUUUGACCUGUCGGAUUAAGGUAAUGCCCUAGGGUGGCAGGGAAAACAGAGUGACACAUCAAAGACAAACCCUGGAAGGGCCUAAGUGACAAACUUUUUUUUUUUUCCAGUGCUGGAGAUGGAAUUCAGGGCCUCACACU